UAUCGAUCAAAUGGAUGUUGAUGUCGAUGAUGAUGAUGGCAGAAAAUUGUCAACAACAACAAAUAAAAUUCGCAUUCAAAAUCUCAAUUUACCUGCCAUGCCAUCAUCGAAUUCGAAAUCCAAUAAUUCACUUAGUCAUGAAAAUCUAGUUUCUUCAACGAAAAAAAUUAACAAUGAUAAUGGCCAUGGUGAUGAAGAUCAAGAUGGUCCAAUUGAUCUAUCAGCCCGAUCAAAUUCAUUAUUAUCAUCAUUGUCGAUUUUACCGUUGAAUACGACAACAACGGCAACAGCAAUGACCACCACCACCACCACCGCUACAUCAUCAUCAUCAACAAUGAUGACCAUUUCAACAACUUCCAUAAUACCACCAAGAAUGUUUCAUCAUCCACAUCAUCAGCAGACGAAUUUUUCAUCUGCAUCACCAUCAUCAUUAUCAUCAAGUUCAUCAUCGUCAUCUUCAUCAUCAUCAUCAACAUCAGCUUAUUUUUCAUCCUCAUCACCUACAUCAUCAAUAAAAUCCUGGUCAGCUCAAUAUGAAAAUAGCAUGAUAAAUAGUCAAAAUAACGGCAACAACAAUAACAGCAGCAAUAAUCAACAACAACAGCAAUCAAAUGAAAAUUUAAUAAAAAAUGAUGAACAACAUCACUAUGAUCAACAUCAAUCAUCGAUUGUUGUCAAUAACAAUAAUAAUAAAUCAUUGAAUGUGAUUCAAUAUGGCCGUACUGGACUUUCAUCGAUAUCGAAAAUAACAGCAGCAACAUCUACCACUUUGAAUGAUAAAACGAUUAAUGGCGAUGAUGAUCAUGUUGAUCAUGUAAGCAAUAAUAGAAAAUUAGUUGAAAAUGUUGAGAAAUCAUCAUACUCAUCAACUAUUUCUGCUGCUACAUCGACACCCGGAUCUUCAUCGUUUGUGAUUCCAUCGUGUCAUUCAAAUACACUUGCUUCAUUUCCUCAUUAUCAUCAUCAAAAGAAUGUUUUAUCAUCACCACCACCAAUCCAAACAUCAACAACGGUGACAUCGCCCAUUAAUAUAAAUUCUGCCAAUCAUUCUACUGGUCAAUCUUCUUUAUCAUCAUCAUCAUCAUCGAAAGUGCCUCAUCAUAGCAAUCUAAUCCGUGAUGGUUUACCAUCAUCAUCAUCAUUUAUGAAUGGCCACCAUUUGCAGCACCCAAAUUUGGCUUCAUCGACAACACCAAUAUUGCCUAGGCGACGUGGUCGACCACCUGGUUCAACAAAUAAAAAGAAAAAAUUAUUAUUGCAUCAACAACAACAGCAGCAGCAACAACAACAACAGCAAUUAAUAUGUGCAAUGAAUUCAUUGAAUGGUACACCAUUUAUAGCAUCGAUUGCUGCAUCAUUAUCACCAUCAUCUUCAUCAUCAUCAUCGAAUUAUCAUCAAAAUAAUGAUCAUCAUCAUCAUCAUCAUCAUCAUCACCAUCUCAAUGGUAAUUCAUCAUCAAUAAUAAAAAAUCAUAAUCAACACCAUCGUGGAUCAAAUAUACAAUUCAAUUAUAUGGAAAAAACAUCAGCAUUUCAUCCACUCAACCCUCUUCAUUAUCAUAAUCAUCCAUCACUUCAUCCGCAUCAACUUGGAAGCGGUAGUGGUAACCAUCAUCAUCAUCAUUCUGCAUUCAAUGGUCAUGAUUCACGUCAUCAUCCUCUUUUUGGGUCAUUAAAAGGAUUAGUUGCAACAAUGGGUGCAUUGAAUAAUCAUCAUCAUUCACAGCAUAACAUUAAUAAUUUGGCCGGAAACACAAUGAAUGGAACAGGAACUAGUAAUACUGGUAAUACUAGUAAUACUAGUAACACUAGUAAUACUAGCAAUACUAGUAAUCAACGAAAACCACGUGGUGAAUCAAGAAAAUGUCGUAAAGUAUAUGGUAUGGAUAAUCGACAAUUAUGGUGCACACAAUGUAAAUGGAAAAAAGCCUGUUCCAGAUUUAUUGAUUGAUACAAUCAAUCGAUUGAAUUCUAAUUGAU